CACGAUUCAACUAUUGAUUACAAACUAUUUUUAGAUAGUAAUGAGGUAAUGUGAUAUCAGCUUUUACGUGAUAUGCUAAAACGGAAGUACAAUCAAUUGCUGUGUAUUACUCGACAGUUACUAACACUUGGUGAAAUACAAAUUGAGAUUGACGCUCAAACUUGCCGGUCAGUAUUUAUCUCGAAGGGAUCGUGAUAUUUGAAACCAUAUUUACACGUAAAACAGAGCGAUGGGAAAUUCACCAUCCAGUCAGAGACGACAGCCGGACGAGGCGGAUAAGGCUGUGAACAUUAUUUACAAUCCGAAAAUUUCCACGACAAAACAGAACGUUGACUUCGUUGACGUGGAGGAAGUAAAGACCCUGAUUCCACAGACAACCAAACCCACGUACAAUAAAGAAGAAUCUGCGGCACAAGACGACGACUGGGAUGUUUUAGAUUAUGAGACUAAAAGGGAAUCAAAAGUUGAGAGUGGAAAGACUGACAUUGAAGAAACAACAAAAGGGAAAAACAACAAAAAGAAUGCUGAGAAACAGAUUCGCUUGCGAAUCAUUUUCUUUUUCAUUCUAAACUGCGCUCUAUUCGUGUUGAUUUGCGUGACCGCUUACUAUCUGACCAACGAACGUGCGCCACCAGAACCUAACUAUAAACUGUGCUUGAAAUGCGAGGACAUUCGCGGACACCCAGACGACCCACUAGAACAUAUUGUUGAAACCGACGGGACUUGUUGCCUUGACAAUAACGAAAAUCUAAAGUAUCUCGUGGAGCCGUAUGCUUCAAGAUGGAUGAAAAUGAAAAUGCACGAAGAAAACGCAACGUUCAAAGUGUGCAACAACGUUUCGAGGGCUCCUACAGAGAAACCGUCAAUCAAAGUAAUGGGCUUAUCGCACGUACAGCCACAUGAACACCACCGCCUGCACUGGAACCAAAAGCACGAAAUGGCCAUCAAGCCAGAUGAGACGCUGAUCAAGUACCGCCCCGAUGAUGGCCAGAUCGAGAUUAUGAAAACCGGCCUGUACCAUGUUUACAAUCAGGUCCACUUCAAAAUUGCUCGCGGGACGGCCUACAAUCCGGCGCAUAUGGGCCACUGGGUAUACGUGAAGAGGGCGGGAACCAUUGAGCAAAGCGAGGACGUGCUCAUGCACAACAUGGAGACGGAAUGCGAAGGUCCAGGUUCCGAGAUCAUCACGUCCAGCUACCUGGGCAGCGAUUUCCAGCUGCAAGAAGGCGACAGACUGUAUGUCAAGGUCAACAAGAAAGACACCGUCAUCCCUGAACCGCAUCUCAAUUACUUCGGUGUACACAUGCUUUAAAGUGCUUCAUUUAUGAAUGCUUAAGUAAACAGACAAUCAAUAGCGCACAUGCAACUUUAUAAUCUAAUAUUUAUGCCAAUAUCAGAAUUUUAAUUUAAUGUUUUGUUAUUUUGUUUACGUCUUCUACGUUGGACUAUACAAAUAGCUUGUUGUUUUAUCUAUAUCAUGUAUACAUAUAGUUAGAUGCUGAAUGCAUAACUUGACACAAAUAUGUGCUGAUUUAUUUGCACAAUUGGUCGUUUUGCAACAAAUAUGAGUUAACUUCAAGCUAUCAGCUUAAGUGCCUUGUGGUAUUUAUGGUUUGUUACAAACAUGUUGUUAUAUAUACUACUCAAAAUUUGCUAGGGAUCACUUUUUAUAGUAUGUGUAAUUUGAAGUUUUUAUUAUGAAAAACAAAAAAGUUUGUGUUUUCCAAUUUAUGAGUGCGUAUUGUACAUAACCAAUAACCUGUCUUAUCGAUUUUGUUUACACAGACUUGCUAAUUUGCUCAUGAAAAGCACUACCCACGAAAAAGCCAUGACAUUUGGCCUUCCACUUGACAAACACAUUGUGAACAUGCUUCAAAUCUACACUUGUAGCUCAAUCAUUCAUCUUGAAAGUUGUUUGAAAUGGCAAACUAUCGCGUAAGAAGACAUCUUAUCUUAGAAGAAAUGAAGAGGGGGGAUUGGGAUGCUGGAAGGAGGAAAGUCACAACCUCAUGUGGCACGUCAGCCAGGCGUUUCACAGAGCGUUGUAGCCAGGAUGUGGAACCGCUACCAAAUGCAUGUUGAUGUUAUUCCCAGAUACAAGGGAGGUCGUCAGAGGGCUACUACGCAGGCACAAUACCGUUUUAUCGUGGUACUAGACCGACGUCAUCGCUUUAUGAACGCCAUGGCCCUUCAAAAUGACUUACAUAAUGCAUCAGGGGUUCGAGUUUCAACUCAAACCAUUCGAAACAGACUGCAUAGUGUUGGCAUUAGGGCUAGACGACCUGCCAUUCGUAUUCCAUUGAUGCGCAACCACAUCCAGGCACGUCUCCAAUGGGUACAAGAUCACAUAACCUGGUCUUUAAAUGACUGGACACCAGUACUCUUCAUAGACGAGUCUAUAUUCUGUGUUGACUUUACAGAUAGACGUGCCCGGGUGUGGAGAACAACCAAUGAGCGAUUUUCACCAGUAUGCAUCGCAAACCAUGAUCUUUAUGGUGGUUGCUCAGUAUUGGUUUGGGCUGGGAUCGGCAUGCAGGGGAAGACCGAUCUGCAUAUCAUUGAUAACGGCACUUUGACAGCUCAGAGAUACGUCAGAGAGGUCUUUGCAUUGACCGUUCCAAUGCGGUGACCCCAGCUUUAUUCAUAUUUUGUGUUUAUGUUGGUUUGUAUUGUGCUGUAUUGUGCUGUUUUGUACUGUUUGGGAAAUCGGUCACUUGCCUUAAAUAAAGGACCAACUAAUUGUUUUUAAUGAAAAUUCAAUACUGCUCCAGCAGCUGGAGUUUCACUUCUUUAUAUUGGAUAUAUACGUCCGUCCAUAUGCUGGUGCAAUAGGCCCAAAUUUCAUUUAAAUGGACGAUAAUGCCAGACCUCACAAAAGAAAGGUGUUCAAUGAGUACGAACAAGGUGAAACAAUCGUCAGGAUGGAGUGGCCUGCGAGGUCUCCGGACCUCAAUCCCAUAGAGGAUGUCUGGGGCAUUCUUCAGGUUGCAAUAUCUGCACGCCCUUUUAAGCCUAUCACAAUCCAGGACCUACGACAAGCCCUCCUACAGGAAUGGGUUCAAAUCCCACAAGACAGCAUCCGUGGGCUUAUCAGUAGCAUGAGAAGACGAUGCCAAUCAGUAAUCAAUGCCAAUGGGAACCAUACACGAUAUUGAAAAGGUCCUUUCAAUGUUUACAGACUUUUACAAUAAUUUCAAUUUUGACACACAUGCACUAAAACCUUCAAAAGUCACCCUAGCUAGAUUCAGCCAGCGUCACGCAUUAAUGAUAAAUCAAUACAUAAAAAUAAAAACAAAAACACACAUUCUAAUAUCAAAACCUGCAAAAUAACACUUUAAAAUGAACGUAAUCCAAAAUUGAAGAUAAUGCGAAACAAACUAAAAAGUGAUCCUUAGCAAAUUUUGAGUAGUAUAUAUUUCAAGUCACUGGUAACUGUGAAGAUUUCUCAUGAUAUAUAUUUCGUUAGAAUCGUAAUUUACCAGUUUGUUUAAUUGUUGUUUUACAAAAAAUUAAAAUGCCGAUACAUAUUGUUAAAGAAAUUAUGUAUUAAUCAAUUGCUUAUACCUAUUCGCGCAUUUUUAGUUACAUACCUUCCAGCGCUCAUUAGAUGAUAAUUAUCUCUCUUUUUUAAAGCGAUACGUUGUAAAUUUGUUUGCAUAUGCGUGAUUUUGCUUUAAGUUUUAUUUAUAUUUUGCAUGUUUCUUAUGUAUGCACAUUUAUUGUGUCUUGAGCUUUUAAUGUUUUAUUAAUGUUAAUAUCAUUGUUUCGAGAAAAUCUACUGUUUCUUAUGCAUGCACAUGUAUGAGCUUUCUUGUUUUACUAAUAUUAAUAUUAUUGUUCCGAGAAAAUAUAUUUUUUCUUAUGUAUGCACAUUUGUUAGCUUUCUUGUUUUACUAAUACUAAUAAUAUUGUACCGAUAAAAUGUAUUGUUUCUUUUGAAUGCACAUUUAUGAGCUUUCUUGCUUCACUAAUAAUAAUAUUAUUGUUCCGAGAAAAUUUAUUGUUUCUUAUGUAUGCGAUUUUAUGAGCUUUCUUGUUUUACUAAUAUUCAUAUCCUUGUUCCACGAAAAUUUAUUAUCGCGUUUAACGCGCCACUAUUUAUCGCUUUACUGUCAUUUACGGUUAUGGUAUAAUAAAUCAUUUGACUCCA